UGCAAGCACCCGCACCAAAGCAUACGAAUUGCUCUCCUCGCGCUCUCCUCGCGCUCUCAACCCCCGCACGCCUUACUCUUACUCUUUUCUAGCAUGCUCAUGACGCAAUGACCCUCGAUCAACCUUGAUUCUCCCCGCAAACCUCUUAACGCGUCCCCUCGGCGCGAGUUUCUCCAGAUCACGCACGCCGAGCACGCCCACUUACAAUACGCACCGCGAACAUGUACCUCCCUCGGAAUUUCAUAGCGCACCUCUACCAGAACCUUAUAAAACGAACCCACGCCGCAGCCCCAGCUGUUCUCCUCCUCGUCGCCCUCGAACCAGACGCGCUUUGCGCGUGUCGAAUCCUCACCGCGUUACUAAAGCGUGACUACAUACCACACAAGAUACAACCCAUUGCUGGUUAUGGCGAUCUGUCACGUGCGGCAGAUGAGCUGGUACGGCCCAUGCGGACAACAGAGGGCGGAAGUGGGGGUGUUGUCGUGUGUUUAGGCGUGGGAGGCAUGAUCGAUAUGGAAGAGAUCCUGGGUAUGGACAUGGACGAAAAUGGUCAGGGAGGGACUGGAAAUGUUGAGGUCUGGAUUCUCGAUGCAAGACGGCCGUGGAACCUGGCGAACGUGUUUGGCACACCCAUUGGCGAGGACUCGACGACAGGAGAGCUGGUACGGCGGCAACCUGGCGUGGAGAAGGGCAGGAUCAUGCAGUCAUACCAGAGCUUAAAAGGAGGUGUAAUAGUGUUUGACGAUGGGGACAUCGAGGAGGAGCUUCAGGCAGAAAGAACAGCGUAUUGCGGACUCGAGGAGAUGCCAGAGGUGGGGGAAGACAUGGGCUCAGACGACGAGUCGAACGACCAUGAGGAGGAUACACCUGUGUCCGGUCAGGCGCCGAAGAAGAGGAAGUCAUGGAGUGACAGAGAGGACUCGGAUGAAGAGAUGUCAGAAGACGAGCGGCCACGGCAAAGAUUACGAAGUAAUUCCGUAUGGCUACCCAAUGCAACUCGAUGGCCAACACUGACACUCUGCUAGGGAGGCUCAAUACCGUCAUCUCCAGACCGAAGACCAGUGCGGCGAGGUCUGAUGAUCGAGAACCAGCUCGGCGGAUCCUCCGACUUCUCACGAUCAGACUCACGAAGCCGCUCAGCAUCUCCGUCGAUAGUAGCUCC